GAUCCGGGCGUGGAGAUGGGGACGGCUCGCGGCUUUUUCCUCCUGCUCGUCGGGGCGCUGAGCGUGCAGGCCGAGCGACCAGGUUUUCAGCCGUUAUCUCAUCUGUCUUCCUAUGAAUUCACUGUCCCUAGGAGGAUAACAAGGGACCGUCGGGAAGUUUCUAAUUCCAACGCAGUUCAGGACAAUGUAUCGUAUGUCAUUGAAGUGGAAGGAAGGGAGCGUACACUUCAUCUACAAAAAAACAAAGAACUUUUGCCCAAAGACUUCACCGUUUACACGUAUAAUGAAGACGGAACGCUGCGUUCUGAAGUCCCAGACCUUCAGGAUCACUGCCACUAUCAGGGAUAUGUAGAAGGAAUAUUGGAUUCCUUGGUUGCUGUCAGCACUUGCUCUGGACUCAGGGGGUUGCUGCAAAUCGAGAACACCACCUAUGGCAUCGAACCCAUGGAAUUGUCCUCUGUCUCCCAACACCUCAUCUACCGAAUGGAGAACGUGAGGAAAGAGCCCCUGGCCUGUGGCGUUGCUGACCCAGACCGAAAAUGGGAAAGCACCGAGUAUCAACAUACCCCCAGCAUGACUCCGCUGCUGAGAAAAAAAAGAGGCGUCCUUCUACAGACCAGAUAUGUGGAGCUCUUUAUAGUUGUGGACAAAGAAAGGUACCAGUUGUUAGGCGAGAAUCAAACUGCUGUGAGAGAAGAGAUGGUGCAGUUGGCCAACUACCUGGAUAGUAUGUACGUUAUGCUGAACAUCCGCAUCGUGCUGGUUGGCUUGGAGAUCUGGACGUGGGAAAACAAGAUCCGCAUAGAGGGAGGCGCAGGGGACGUUCUUGCUAACUUCGUACAGUGGCGGGAGCAGGAUCUCGUCCCACGCCGAAGGCACGACAGCGCGCAGUUUGUUCUGAAGAAAGGCUUUGGUGGAACCGCAGGGAUGGCCUAUGUGGGAACAGUAUGUUCCAGGAGCCACGCUGGAGGGAUUAAUGUGUUUGGACCCAUCAGCGUGCAGAUGUUUGCCUCCAUUGUUGCGCACGAGCUUGGCCAUAACCUAGGAAUGAACCACGACGACGAAAGGAACUGUCACUGUGGAACAGCAAACUGCAUUAUGAACUCCGGAGCGUCAGGAGCCAGAAACUUCAGCAGCUGCAGCGAGGAAGACUUUGAAAAGCUCACCCUGAACAAGGGCGGAAGCUGCCUGCUCAACAUCCCCAGGCCUGACGAAACCUACAGUGUCCCAUACUGCGGCAACAAGCUAGUGGAUUCUGGAGAGGAAUGUGAUUGCGGAUCCCUCGAGGAAUGUAAAUCAGAUCCUUGCUGUGAGGAAGGAACUUGCAGACUCCGCCCAGAGGCUGAUUGCGGCUAUGGAGACUGCUGUCACAACUGUCGCUACCGUUCCAAAGGCAGCGAGUGCCGAGAGAGCUCCGGCGAGUGUGACCUCCCAGAAUACUGCAACGGGACAUCGCCGUUUUGCCCGCAAGAUGUCACCCUCCAGAACGGCCACCCUUGCCACAAAGAUGAUGCCUACUGCUACAACGGGCAAUGCCAGUACUACGAGGCACAGUGUCAGGCCAUCUUUGGUUCAAAGGCAAAGGUGGCCCCCGAAAUUUGCUUUUCUGUAGUGAAUUCGAAAGGCGACAGGUUUGGAAACUGUGGCUAUCAUGGGCAUGAAUACAAGAAAUGCUCGAGCUGGAACUCCAUGUGUGGAAAGCUACAGUGCGAGAAUGUGAACACCCUCCCCAUCUUUAAGAUUCAGCCUGCCAUUAUUCAGUCUCCCAUCAAAGGCAACACUUGCUGGGGCGUGGACUUCCAGCUGGGAUCAGAUGUACUAGAUCCAGGGAUGGUGAACGAAGGCACAAAAUGCGCACCUGGAAAGAUAUGUAAACACUACCAAUGUGUUAAUGUGUCUGUUCUGGGUUAUGACUGUGACAUAAAGGGUAAAUGCAACGGGCAAGGGGUGUGUAACAGCAAUAAGAACUGCCACUGUCACCCUGGGUGGGACCCUCCCUACUGUGACUCCAAAGGAUAUGGCGGCAGCGUGGACAGUGGCCCUCCAUACAAUGAUGAUAAUACAACAACAAAUUGGUUGCUGGCAUUCUUCUGCCUCAUUCUUCCCCUUCUGUUGCUUUUGCUCUUCUGUUAUUUUAGGAGAAAUAAGUUGGUGUCAUCCUUAUUGCCAUUGGUAGACAGUUGCUGUGGUCGAUGCUGGAACAGACCAGCUAGAACAGCAGAAGUGCCCGUACGAACACAGUGCCCUCCAAGCAUCCCAUAUUAUCCAAGGGAUACCUCAACUCAACCGAGCGUGCCAACAAACAGAUACCCAGUGCCAUCAUUCACGGUGAAUCAGUACGGCGAACCUUAUCGUUACACUUCUCCUCUUCCUUCUCCGCUACCGGUGGGGCCGUCCAUUGAGCAGACAUGUGUCCCGACGAGGCCUCCACCCCCAGUGCUGAAGACGACAAAAACUCAGGAACAAUUCUACCCUUCUCGACCAGCGCCUUUGCCUCCCAUAUAACUCUCAGUGUGUCUUUCACGAGCUGCCCUGUUUGCUGAGACAUCGCUGCAUCAGUUUGGCAUCGUGGCCCUUGAAACCCUUCCGUUUCCUCUCCACACCGGAUAAGGAAAAACAAACGAAACGAAAUGCAAAACCAAGGAAUGUAAACUUAUCAAGCAAAUACCUCUACCAAAGCUCCAGGAACCGAAACCCGCAGAGGCUGUGAAAACUGUGCAAACUACAGCUGGGCUGAACCUCUGGCAAAGUGGAUCAGUCUGAAAUAUAACUUUUGGGGUUGUAACUAUGUCUUCCCCCUUUUUAUGAUUAGUUUUAUGUAUAAAAUACUCAGUACGUGGGUUCCUCUCUUACCUCCCGACUUAAUUUUAUAGAGAAUCAAACACUUGCAUGAAGACAGGCAUAACAUUAUGAGAGCAAUGGGGCUGAUUAGGAAACUCUGCUGCAUUUAAUCCGAAUCUACCUUGUUGAGAAGGGUCACGCGCUGUGAAUUUAAAAACAAAAGCCCUUCUGCAGCUUUGCAAUAGAUAGGUAUGGAUAGCACUGAUCGGAUUGGCUGGUAUCCGUUAUGUCACCAAGAGAUGCCUCCCCUGCCCCCUGCUAUCUUGGGAGCAAUUUUCCACUUUUUAAAAUUAACUUUAAAAAACACAUGAAUGAAGCAAGCAAUGGACAUGCAUAUGUGCAUAUGUGGUUCUUAUAAAAUAAAAAGGGCCACCUGAACACAUAGCGGGAAGGUCAAAACUAACAGCCGAAUUGGCAUUUGCUCCACAGGUAUGUGUAUCAGUAAUUCUAAUUGCAAAGCCAGGAAGGAGCCAGGUUAUGGUGGCUGAGGAGUCUGUUUUGAGUUCUCUUCUUUAAUAUUACGUUCUCUUCUUUAAUAUUGCAAUUCAGUUUGGAUUAGUACACUAACAAGAACAAAAAUUUCAAAUUGUCUUGUGUGGACUGGAGCAGGUUAUUUGCUUGCACGCAGCUAAAAGUCACACGGCUAAGAAAAAUUACAGUGCAUUUCUAUACAUGUCUACUCAGAAGUAAGCCCAGUUGAGUUCAAUGAGACUUACUCCCUGGUAAGCGGGUAUAGGAUUGGAGACUUGGGCUAUGCGUGCUUCCAGACAGGCGUCGUCAAGCGCAACCAAUCAAAAGACAUUGUGCAGCUAUUCUGUCUUUCCUUUAGCAGAUUUUCUGUGUGAGAGGAAAUGAUGGGAGAGUUAUAAACUGAAGACGACAUAGUCUGGACCACCCGUAAAAUUCUGUGAAUGAGGCAGGGCCAUUGCACAGUUAAAGCUUCAUCUGGAAGCGUCCUCCUUCUCAAAAGAAGAUGAAAUGUAUUGUUGUGCAUAGGUUUUAAUGGUGUGUGAAAUCGUGUGCGUCUGUAUGUAUAUUAACACAUGUUAAAACAAAGGCAAUUUUAACUGUGUGCUGGCUGACACUAAACUGUAGUUAAUAAAGGAUGUUAGGGAAGUUUAACUUAACACGUGUUAGCUAAUGAAUAGCAGUACAGCAAAUUCUUCUAAUUUACCAUUAAUGGUUAUUCAGAAUAAAGGUAUGAAAGAAUCCCUUUUUGGGGUCAAGGCUGGGGAACGGGCUACUAAUGGUUCACAAGGCACUUAUGUCCAGCUGUCACGGACUGGCUAGGAUCCUAUGUAUUCUAGCUUUCAGUGUUAAAAAGAAGUUUGAAUCAGAGGGAUGCUUGAAAAUGUGACAACAACCAGUCUCAAGGACUGGAAACGAAGAGCAUUUUUAAAAAGCACAAUUUCACUGUAUGUUGAUUCCUGUAACUUUGAUGUUUGCCUCUUGAGAAUUAUUUGGGGGCUGAGUGCGAAAUUCUUGUAUUUGAGGAUCACUGUCCAGAUGGGAAUAUUGCAGAGGUAUCAUUUGUUGUCAUCACCUCACCCCCAAAUUACCAUUCGGCAUUUGUCAGGGUCACAAAGAUGCUAUGCAAAUAGUGCUAAUGCCAUGCAAAUGAGUGGCAGCCCUUCAGCUUGUGUUUAUCCCACGUGGCCUUCAGACACCCACGCCAAGCUAUUCAGUGCUGCUAAAGUUUUAUAAAUAUAUAGACAUAGAUAUAAAGAGAUCGGGAGAGAGAAAUGGUAAAUGUGUGAUGUUGGGGAUGUCACUCCAACAACUACUGACUGUGCAUGUUAAUGGCACGGCCAGCGUGCACAUUCUCCAACUCUACACACUUGCCAGAACAUCGUUCGUGUGAUAGCACCAGUCCUGGUGCAAAAUCCAUUCUUUUAUUCAAAGCCCAUUGAAAAUGUUAUGAGCACUUUAAAUCCUAGCAGCCUGCUGAAGAAUCCAGUAUACAGAUCUUUCAUCACUUUAAAAUGUUGCUUUUCAUGUCAGUCAGGAUGUUUACAUUGGCUAAAUCUUGUUGGAUUGAAUUGUAUCAAUCUUUGCACCACUGAUUAAGCCAGAUUUUAAAAUAAAUAAAUAAAAUAUAUCUGCUAGAAAAGAUUCUGUGAGACUUGGAGUCAUUAAUUAGCAUUAGGCAAGGCGGUGGGAUAUCCCGGUGUAAUUCAUGAUGGGUAAUGACUGUUACAAAGAGAUGUCUGCUACACCAGCUUCAGAGAAUGAAACGAUUCUUAUUAAAUUAUGCUAAGACUUAUUCCCACACGGCAGUAGCUGUUCAGCAUUCACUUGUUUGGUAAAUUUCUCCAUAAUUCCUGCCAAAAAUAAAGUCUUUAACCGUGUUUGUAUAUAUUCAUAUGUCUGCAUUUGCAGUAAUAAAAUACUUGAACUAUUGUAGUCGCCCAGAUAUUUGAAAGAUAGUAAUGUGGAUCAUGUAUAUUGCAGAUCCGACCAGAGUCAGAGCCAAAGAUUUGGUGGGUUAUCUGAAUAUCCUCUACAACUAUGGCCAUGCACAUCACUUAUAAUGGCAUGUUCUCCUUUUUUAAAAGAGUUU